UACCAAAAUGACCAACUUCGGGCAGAUCCUGAAAGAGAUUGGGGAGUUUGGUUUAUUUCAGAAGCGUUUGGUGGCUGCAUUAUGCAUCCCCACUGUGUUUGCAGCUUUCGAUGUGUUUGGUCCAGUGUUCACAGGCAGGAGAUUCCCACAUCACUGCAACACUGACUGGAUCUUGGAGCGUGGGCCCAACCUGACAGAUGAGAGACAAAGAAAUCUCACCAUCCCUGUGAACAAGGAUGGAAAGUAUGAAAGCUGUAAAAUGUUCACACCUGUGGAUUUGGAUUUGGAAACAAUUGGGAUUAAUACAACAGGAUGCAUAAAUGGAUCAGAUUUUGAAGCACCCAAAGGUUCCUCCAGCAUUGUGACAGAUUUCAACCUGGUGUGUGACAGGAGCAGCUUGAUUGAGGCAUCACAGUCCAUCUACAUGGCCGGUCUUCUGGUUGGAGCGCUGCUGUUUGGGCAGAUGGCUGACAGGUUUGGUCGACGCUUUGUAGUCCUGCUCUCACUCCUUCUCCUACUGUUGUUUGGUGUCGGUGCUGGUUUCUCACCCAACAUCUACGUUUAUAUUGUUCUCAAAUUUUUAGGUGGCAUCUCCAUUUCAGGCAUUAUUAGUAAUGCAUUUGUGAUAGGUGGAGAGUGGAGUGAUUCCUCCAAGUUUGCUCUCUGCACCAUUAUCUGCCACUCUUUUGUCGCUCUUGGACUGAUGAUGUUGUCUGGAGUUGCCUAUUUGAUCCACAACUGGAGGAUCCUGCAGUGGGUACUCUUCAGCCCUCUUAUCCUUGUCCUGGGAAUCUUUUAUUGGAUUCUUCCAGAGUCAGCUCGCUGGCUCAUCACACAGGGCAGGAAAGAGGAGGCCAUAAAGGAGAUCCGGAGGGCAGCCAAGGUGAAUGGGAGGAAGGUCCCAGAAGAUCUGCUAGACAAGCUGGAGGCUGAGGAUACAUCCAAAAGAGGAAACAUGUUGGACAUAUUCAGGAUAUCAUAUCUCAGAAAACAAACUUUCAUAAUGAGCUACAUCUGGUUUGGAACAAAUCUAAUGUACUACGGACUGAGUCUGAACGUUGGAAAUUUCGGUCUGGAUAUCUACCUCACACAGUUCAUCUUUGGUGUAGUAGAAGUCCCUGCACGUCUGGGCUGUUUACCUCUUAUCCAGCACUUUGGGAGGAAAAUAUGUCAAGUAGGGCUCCUGUUGCUUGGAGGUUGUGCUUGUCUUGCAAUACUUGCAGUUCCAAGAGAUCUUCCUGUUGUGGUAACAGUCAUAGCUGUACUGGGAAAAUUAGCUGCCGCUGCCCUUUCCUCCAUCGUCUACGUUUAUACUGCAGAGCUAUACCCCACCACUCUAAGGCAGAAUGGUGUAGGUCUAAACUCCAUGUGUGCUCGUGUGGCGGGCAUCCUCGAUCCACUUGUCAGGCUCCUGGACGUCUACCAUUACACCAUCCCCAUGCUAAUAUAUGGCAUCAUCCCCAUUACUGCUGGGGGUUUGUGUUUAUUACUGCCUGAGACUCGUUAUGUUGAACUCCAGGACCACGCUGAACUCACAAAACCAGACAACGGGGCUGCUGAGACGGCAUCCUUCACUAAAUCAGGAAAGAGCACCAAAAUGUAAUUUACAUAGUGGCUGUCAUAGUUGUUCGAUAAUGUGACGUGGAUAAAGUUAGUAACUAGGUGUUGAACAUAGAGGAACACUGACUGAGAGAGAGUUGGUUCUUGUAUUAUGUGGCCAGUAAAUAGCAACUGCAACAGUGCCUGUGAUGUUUUUGUCAUGGAGUUCUGCCCCCUUGUGGCGAAAAAACAACAACAAACAAACAACUGUUGUCUGCUUGUGUUUCAAAAUGUAAUCAGUUGCUUUGAUCAUUAAAUCUGUGAUAUCACAGUGUUUUGUGUGCAAGUGCAAGCUAAUUUUUAUAGGAGUGAGGACAAAUGUGACACAUCACACGGGAAUGACUCAAGUUUGUUCUCUGA